AUGGACGAACUGAAGAAAGAAGACGCCAAGGGCUUCUGUAAUUUCCUGCGCAUGGGCUAUCAGAUAUACCAAGAUAUCCUGACACGCAUUGUGCACAGAAUCAAGGCGAAGAAGUCAAAGUACAGGAAGCCUCUGACAGCUGGCAUUAAGUUGGCAAUAACAUUGCGGUACCUAGCAUCAGGGGACAGCUACCACUCUCUGAUGUAUGGCUUCAGGGUCGCACACAACACCAUCUCCAAGGUCAUCCGUCAGGUCUGCGAUGCGAUACUUGUAGAGUUUGCUGAGGAACUAAUUCCCUGUCCUGAAACGCCAGAUGAGUGGAAGAACAUCGCCAAGCAAUUCGGCGACCGAUGGCAGCUGCACAACUGUGUGAGUGCCUUGGACGGGAAGCACAUCGCCAUGCAGUGUCCUCGGCGUGGUGGCUCGUUGUACUACAACUACAAGGGGUACCAUUCCAUAAUCCUCAUGGCCUUGGUCGACGCCGACUACAAGUUCAUUUGGGCGGAAGUAGGCAGCAAUGGAUCAGCCGGUGAUGCUCAAGUGUUCAACAAUAGUGAGCUGAAGGAAGCCAUCGACAAGGGAGUGUUGGGCCUACCUGAUCCUGAACCUUUACCAAACGACGACAAACCAAUGCCGUUCUACAUUGCUGCGGAUGACGCCUUCGCCUUGAAGAAGUGGCUCAUGAAACCUUUCUCUAAGAAGAACAUGUCACAUUCCGAGAGAGUCUACAACUACCGACUGUCCAGGGGGUGA